AUGACACGAGGACCUAACAACAGAUCUGUCCGGAUCGCCGGCUGUGCCGGAGGAAACACCGAUCGCUGGGAUGCAAUCAAGUCCUUUGCCAGUGACCCCAGCAUUGAUGCUAUCAUUGGAGACUGGCUAUCCGAAUCCAAUAUGGUUGGAACGGCAGCGAUCAAGGCGCGAGAUCUCACGGAAGAGAACGAGCAGAAUCGCUCAAAGGGCGCCUAUGCUAAAGAGUUCCUGCAAUGCUUUGAGCCUGCCAUCGCAGACCUAAGCGCUCAUGGGAUGAAGCUCGUGGUCAAUGCGGGUGCGUCAGAUACAGAGCUUCUUGCAAUUGAGUGUCAAAAGUUAGUCCAGCAGAGUGGACACGGAAAUCUCCGCAUUGCAUGGAUUGAAGGUGACGAUGUGACGGAUAUUUUGCUUGAACAGAGGAAGAAGGGCGACGAAGACUACCCUAUUCGACUUUCGGGUAAAUCGUUGUCGGAGGUCGAUCCCAAUUUUGUAUUUGCGCAGUGUUAUCUUGGUGGAUGGGGCAUUGCGAAGGCUCUGGCUGAAGGUGCGGAUAUUGUCAUAUGUGGGAGAGUCUCGGAUGCUUCUCCUGUGGUUGGUGUUGCAGCGUGGUGGCAUGGAUGGUCUGAGAACAACUAUGACGAACUUGCACGCGCAUUGAUUGCCGGUCAUCUUAUCGAAUGCUCCGGAUACGCCACUGGAGGCAACUUCACCGGAUUCAAGUCGCUUCUGAAAGCAGGAAAGCAUCUCAAGCUCGGAUUUCCCAUCGCAGAGAUCGAAGCCAACGGCGAGUUCACAAUCGCCAAAGAGAAAAACACCGGAGGAUGCGUGACAGUUGAAUCACUGACAUCGCAACUGAUAUAUGAAAUCCAAGGCCCAUGGUAUCUCAACUCCGACGUCGUUGCUGACCUGACAGCAGUGAAGCUGGAACAAAUUGCCCCAGAACAAGUCCGGGUAACAGGCAUUGUGGGCAUGCCACCUCCUCCCACGACCAAACUAGGGUUCACCACUUUCGGAGGAUAUCAGGCCGAAUUCCACGCAUUUAUGACGGGUCUUGAUAUUGACGAGAAGUGCAAGUGGACUGAAGAACAGAUUCGAGAGGCCAUUGGUGAAGAUAUCCACCGGUUCACUCAACUGAGAUUCCAUCGUAUUGGGUCCCCGUCCCUUGAUACUACCUGUCAGGAUCAUGCAACGGUGAUAUUCCGUGUCUUUGCGCAGACUAAAGACCCGGAGAUCUUGCGGACGGAUGUACCUAGAGGUCUAUUCAGAUGGUGCAUGUCGACAUUUCUUUCUAGUUGUCCGGCCCUAACCCCCAGCAACGACCCCCGACAAGUUCACGCAAAGCCAUACUACAACUACAACACCGGACUAAUUCCUCAAUCUGUCCUAAAGCAUAGAGUACACCUCCUUGCAACUAAUCCAAAGAAAGUCAUCACAAUUGACCCACCUAGCGUGACCCAAACAUACGGCACCCAGCCCUCCCACGAAACAGACAACCCCGUUGACAUCUCUGCCUUCGGAGAGACAGUCAAAGCCCCCUUGGGUACGGUCGUCUAUGGUAGAGCCGGCGACAAAGGAGCCAACUGCAAUGUGGGCUUUUACGUGAAACACCAAGAUGAAUGGGACUGGCUCAGAACAUUCCUCACGACGGACAAGAUCAAAGAGCUGCUGGGACCCAUUGAGUAUUCGGGGAACCAAAUCGACCGAUUCGAGAUCCCUGGCGUAAGAGUGGUGCAUUUCCUGCUUCAUGAUCAUCUUGAUCGGGGUUAUAAUUCGUCUUCGAGUUGUGAUGUUCUGGGGAAGAAUACGUGCGAGUUUCUGCGGUCGAAGACGAUUGAUGUUCCCAAGGUGUUUUUGCAGCGUUAUUAG